CGCAAUUCUGGUUUUAUUUGCAAGUAUACGCGUUUUGCGGUAAGGAGCGCUUUCCUUGUUUGUGCUGCCAUGGUGCACGUUCUGCCACGCUGUGAAGGAAGAGCGCGCAGUUCUGGCACGGUAGUGGGCUGCUGUGUAUAGGGAAGGUUCGGCGCCCAAAGGGGUACGUAUAGGAUUUGAUUAUCUGUGCAGGAUAAAUCAAGGUGCGUUUGUGAAGUAUAGGAGUGUGCUGUGCGCGUGCCGUGGAGGCGUGGCAACGUCUGACUGGAUGGUGGAGGCAUAAAGUGGAGGCAGGAAGCACAGAGGCACAAACAAAAGGUUGGCGGACAUGCAGGGCCCUGUGCUGGGUGACACAAUGUGCGGGGGAGCCUUAGUAUUGUGCUUGUGUUGGGGCACGAGCCAGCCAGGAAGUGGGAGAGGAAACUCACGCCUUCAACAAAUAUGAAUGGAUAAAGGAACUGCCAGGCCGACGCCGCUGGAUAAUAGAGAAACAGCGCAGCGUCCUGAAGGCCCUUGCCAAAGUGAUGUCCAUCUUACUGUCCUGGAGGUGUCCCCCGGAACACGUGUACCUGCAUGUUUAACAUAUCCGUAAGGCUUCUGUUCCCUCCACCUGCGUUAUGAUGUCCCGCCUAACUCCCCACACCAGGCUGGAGGCCCCGGCUGAGGUGCCCACAAGACCCCUUCGGCGCCCUUCCCGUGCCUUGAGGUCGAUCGGCCGCAGGGCAUCGUAACAAUGUCGUGUAGACAAUACUUUAUCUUUUAUCGAGUUCGGGUGAGGUUCACAGCUCAAUAUGGAGGGUGCCUUGACGCCGACUCCGCCCACAGACACACAGCUGGCCACUCAGGGCGCGUCAGCGAAUAAGGGGACGCGGGAUGGCUGGGCGGUGGCGGAGGGCGGGGCGACGGACCAAACUAGGUGGGCGGUACAUGAAGGUGACACUGGCGCCGCCGCCUCACAGUUACAGCUAAGCCGUGCGGGCAGAGUAACGCGCUGUGACGCACUGGCUGCAGGCCGCUCACUAUGGACCACAAAUACCAGCACGGUUUGUAGUGUGUGUGUGAUGGAAAGAGGCGUGCCGCGCCCCUGAGUACUGGCGCCUGAAGGAGUGACAAGGAUGGUAAGUGUGGACCUGUGGAACGCUUGCUCCGCCAUGGCCCGCACGCCGCUCAAACACGCCUUCUCCAUCAACUCGAUCCUUCCUGAGACUGCACUCGAUAAUCCCACCGAGCUGCCCAGGGACGUGCCCACACCCAAGGACGAGCUGCUUGUUCACGACGUCGAGAUGACGACGGCCGAUGACGACGACGAGGAGGUGGAAGAGGACGUGGACAUCGACGUGACGAGCGCGGUGAGUCCUGGAGUGAUGUCCGACUCGGAGGUGGAGGACCACGCCGACAAGGACGAGAAGGAAGCGAAGAAGGAAGGAGAAGAAAAGAAGGAUGGUGAAGAAAAGAAAAAGCACGAGAAACCGCCGUUCAGUUACAACGCGCUCAUCAUGAUGGCCAUCAGGUCCUCUCCCGAGAAGCGCCUCACGCUGAACGGCAUCUACGAGUUUAUCAUGAAGAACUUUCCGUACUACCGCGAGAACAAGCAGGGCUGGCAGAACUCCAUCCGCCACAACCUGAGCCUCAACAAGUGUUUCGUGAAGGUGCCGCGCCACUACGAUGACCCCGGCAAGGGUAACUACUGGAUGCUCGACCCCUCGGCCGACGACGUCUUCAUCGGCGGCACCACGGGCAAGCUGCGGCGCCGCUCCACCGCCGCCUCCAGGAACAGACUUGCUGCCUUCAAGCAGUCCCUCCUUGGACGCUUUGGCUGCUACCCACCGUUCGCCCUGACGCCUUACGCUGCGGCAGCAGCGGCGGCAGGUCUCGGGGGAGCUUUGGCACCAGGCACCCUGCCCGCGUCCCUGCCAGGCACACUCCCCGGGGCACUGGCCUCAGCCCCACUGUACCAGCAGGCGAGCGCUGCCGCUGCCGCUGCGGCCGCCAUCUACAGGGGAUAUUCUCCCUCCUGCUACUCGGGGCCGCUGCCCGCUGGUCCAACGCCGGUGACAGGUCCCACGCCGCCCUCGGGAUUGCCCAAACCCACAGCCCUCACGCCGGGCAUCUCCCACCCCCACGUCACCUCCUUUAGCGUGGACCGCCUGCUGUCGGACACCCCGAUCAGCGCCUCGCCGCCCUCCUCUUCGUCGUUGGCGGGUCACUCCCCGCUCCUCUUGGGUAGCCUCGGGGGGGGAUCGCCCAUGUCCCCCUACGACGUGUAUCGAACCUCCCUGCUGUCCCAGGCCGGCCUGAGCCACACCCUGGGGGGCGUGGGCGCCGCCAACCUGGCCUCAGGUCUCAGUGGGGUCGGAGUGAGCAUGGUGGGGGGUUUAGGGGGCGGCACCGCGACGCCGCCGAGUCCCGGCGUGGUGCCCGCCUCGGUCACCAGCAGCAGCGAGGCGGCGGGGCGCAGCGCGGUGUUCAAGCCAGUGACGGUGGUGGCGCGCCCCAGCUAGUGGCUCCUGCCGCGGGGCGCCGCUGUAUAUAUUGUAUGUAUUUGAUCCAUUUUGUACAGUCCCCCUGUGUGGCCACGCCAAAGGUGUACAGCACGUGUACAGCAGUAACUUAUGUCAAUAAUAACUGAAAAAAUGUACAGAAUUUCUUUUUCCAUCAUCAGUCCCAUCAGUUCUGCAAACACCUCCGCCCACCAAUCUCCUCAUCACCCACACUCACACGUCCAGCCACGCCGCCUCCGCCAGUCCGGGGGCGUGAGCGCGUGUGGCUGCCGCUGCAGGUCGAGGCCUUGCUGUGCCUCGUGUCAGGACAACUAGAAUACUUUACAGUAAGUUGUCGCUGCAUGUGUUGUGGCUCGGUGGGUGGCCGCACACGUGCACGCCGGCAGCCUCACCAAACACAACAUGAACCACAACAGUAAUGUUACCGCAUACGUGA